GCCGCACUCAAGUUCGUCGAUAGAACCAGAAGAACUAUCCAUCCAUGAAAUGCUGGUACAGCCGGUAUUUUCAUCGUCUUCAGAGGAACCACCGAGAGAGGAAUGGUCGUCCCUUAUAGCCAUUUCUAUUGAAGAUCCUCCAAAAAUGGUGCUAUACAAAGAUGGUCUUUAUAACCCUGGUAGUGGAGAAAUCUGCACCAAAUACAUACCAAUGUCUGCGAGUUCAAUUUUGAUUCAUCCUUAUUAUAAUUACCCGGGAAUUAAGGAUCCUGGAGUUCUGCAGGCUUUAUUCGAUCAAGAAGAACAAAAGUAUUAUCCAACCGAUGGUCAAGAAUUAUAUUUAGACGAGUGUGAGAAAAUGAAUGUUAUCCCCGUGAGACCAUUUUGGCGUGGAUUGCUGGAACGUUCUAUUGAUUUAAAAUAUUAUGGAGUGAAUCCAAUCGGUAUGCGGGCGAUGUGCAAGGCGCUUUACUACAAUAACAACGUGGUACGUCUGGAUCUGAGCUCCAAUUUUCUGGAUAAUGAUGCCUGCUACCACCUGGGUCAAUUACUAACUGAGAAUACGGUUCUCCAGGAACUUGUGUUGUGUGGAUGCAGAAUACAAUGUAGCGGAGUAAGAAGAAUUGUUGCCAAGCUUUACGGUCGCAGUUUAGAUUUGCUGGAUUUAUCUCGAAAUCAACUCGGGGACAAAGGAUUUGAAUACGUUGCUGAGCAAUUGUUUAAAGGAGCUGUGAUUAAAAGAUUAAAUUUGAGCUUUAAUGAAUUAGGAAUGGAAUCCGCUUUGUCAUUCGCAAGAGCUAUUGAAGGAAACAAUACAAUUAGCCAUCUCGAUUUAUCCUGGAAUCAAUUAUCCACUUUGAAAGGUCCCACUGAGCUUAUGGAAAAACUGGCGGAAAAUAAAUUUCUCGUUGAACUAAAUGUCUCAUGGAAUGCUCUCAAAAUCGCUAAACCCUUAAGGAAACUCCUUUCCGCACCUUCUCUUAGGAUACUUGAUUUAAGUAAUAACAAACUACCGCGAACUGCUCCCAAGCUAUUAGCAGUAUCUCUUGUUAAAGCAAGAAGACUUGAUACGCUAGAUGUAUCCAACAAUCCCUUUACACCAGACGAUGCGUUGACUCUUUUGAGAGCUUUGGAGAAGAAAAAAGUUCGACUAAACAAUCUGAUUAUGGAUAAUAUUGCUGUGACCAAAGAGUUUGUAGAGGAAUGUAAGAGAAUUUUAAAACAUAUUUACCGGAAGAAUACCAACGUUACAUAUGGGAAUAUUUUGUACAACUAUGCCUUAUCAACUGCAGAUAUGAGACUUAUCAUUAUGAAAAGACUGGACUUUCUCACGAAAAGACCGGGAAAGAAAGCAAAAUUGGAUAUUGCGUUAGUUUUGUUAAAGUUUUUAACAUUGUACUUUCUCGAAAAGCGAAAAACAUUAGAAACAAUGCAACCACGUGAAAUACUUCGUGAUUUUAAAGCAGCUGGAGCUAAUGUUGAUGAAGACCUGAUUAAUCAUUUGGCGGAGAGCUUUCCCGGGCCCAUGACUGAUAAAGGAGCAAAUACUGUUAAACUAGAUCGUGUAGUUGACAUGAUUCAAAGACUUUGGCCAGAUAGAAAAUUACCCCCCACUCCACCCCCUGAACCAGAGCAGCCUGAGGUACUUAAGAAAAAGGGGAAUAAAGGGAAAAAGAAGAAAUAAUAUGAGAUUACUUCUAUAAUAUGUUCCGCCUAG